ACAUAGUAUACUACAAAUAUGGUGAAACUAUCAUCUGCAAGAGAGAGUCGAAUGUACGGACCUCCACUAGCUCGAAACAGAUUGGAGUACAUAAACGCGGGGCUAUACUUGUUUGCCACCCUUGUUCUUCUUGGUGGGUUUGAGGCUCAACUCUCAAGCGAGCCCAAAUCUGGUCUUGUUAUUUUGCUCAUAGCUUUGGCGCUUAUCAUAUUGGUCCAUGUGCAUGACCUUGUGGCUCAUGUUUCUGGGAUCGAUUGCCGGUUACAGUUGAUGGAGCUCGACCUACAGCUCGCGCUCGUCGAGUUCGCGGUUCCUGUGGUUCAGAUGCUCGGAUCCAUUCUUUUUUUUCUUGGGGAUUCUUUUCCUUUUUAUUCAGUGCAGGAAGAGAAAGGAUAUGAUUACUUCAAAUUGCAAAAGCAUGGUUUGAACAUGCUAAUUGCUGGCCCAGUCCUAUGGGUGCUUGGAUCGAUCCACAACUCAUGCCAAAUAUAUGAGAGAGCUGGAGGGCAUGUCCAAAUCUUGCAGCAUAGUGUCCACAUUCCAUUUUUAAUGGGAAGUUUGUUGUUCAUGGUGGGUGCAAUUCUCAACAGCCAUGAGCAAGCUGGAUUAGCCCAUUAUGGACUAGAGCUACUGGGUAGGACUUGGAUUUGGCUAGGCAUUUUUGGAAGCCUGUUGUUCUUUAUUGGUGGAUUAGCAAAUGUAAUUAAGGUGUUCAAGAUGGAACAAAUUGAUGGACUAAGGAUGGAGAAAUUGCGGGGAGGGGCACAUGACCGACUUAUCCAUGAAAGGGAAGGCCGAGUACCCCUCAUCCUAGAAGAUCAUCAGAGAAGAAAAAUAAGGCAAGUCGAGGAAGUAUAAGUGUUACCUGCACCUGCAGCUUCAACUCCAUAUAAGGAUGUCCUCGUUGGUCAGUCCUAAAUAAUAUUUGUUUUAGUAACAACAGCCUU